CACAACAAUAUAUAUAUCAAGAAGAAGCCUCCCUCUUCUCCAACAAAAGAAAAAUAGAGAAUUAUGUAUAUUAGUAUGGCCUUUGGUGCUACAAUGUUAAUAAUAGUAUCAUAUGUUUCAAUGGGGAGUGCAUUGAGCAUGAAUAGGUACGAUGUAUCAUGUCCCAAUGUUGAGGCUAUUGUUGCUAAGGUUGUAAGAGAUGCAACAUCUAGAGAUAAAACAGUCCCUGCAACACUUCUUAGAAUGCAUUUUCAUGAUUGUUUCAUAAGGGGUUGUGAUGGGUCGAUACUGCUGGAGUCUCGAGGUGGAAAUAAAGCAGAAAGAGAUGCACCACCAAACAAAUCUCUGCAUGCAUUUUAUGUGAUUGAAGCUGCCAAGAGAGCUGUUGAGGCUGUAUGCCCCGCCGUUGUCUCGUGUGCUGAUAUUUUGGCCUUUGCCGCUAGAGAUGCGGUCGUCCUCUCAGGAGGGCCGAGAUGGGAAGUACCAAAAGGAAGAAAAGACGGGAGGACAUCGAAAGCAAGCGAGACCUCAACACUUCCAUCCCCACUUUUCAACGUCUCCCAGCUCGAAAAAUCAUUCGCCCUAAGGGGCCUCUCGCCACAAGAGCUAGUCGCCCUCUUAGGCGCACACACCCUUGGCUUCGCGCACUGCUCCACCUUCGAGAAGAGGAUCCGCAACUUCAACUCCACCCAUUACGUGGACCCCACAAUCCGCCCCUCCUUUGCGGGGGUGCUGAGGGGCGCGUGCCCCCUCAAGAACAAGGCCCCCAACGCGGGCGUCGCCAUGGAUCCGUCCUCCACCACGUUCGACACCAACCACUACAAGCUCAUACUCAACCGGCAGGCAUUGUUCGCCUCCGAUCAGUCACUCCUCACCGCUCCCCAAACCAAGGCUUUGGUUUACAAAUUUGCAACCUCCAAAAGGGCUUUCCACACUGCUUUUGCCAAAGCUAUGAUCAAAAUGAGCAGCCUUAAUGGAGGCCAGGAGAUUAGGAAGGACUGUAGGUUUGUUAAUUAAAUUUAGUUUACAAAUAAGCAUUACAAUUGUGCCUUGUUAUUAUGUUAUUUUCGACAACUGUUAUUAUAUAUCCUAAUGAAGCCUAAUGUUGCUUCUCAUGCAUACUUGAAGGCUGCUGGAACUUUUUUAUUUUUUA